AUGACAAAGCAACAAGAAACAGCAGAAGCAGCGCCCGCAAGGCCGACCUUUGUUCGAAGCGAGGGUGAACAUCAGUCAACGCACGACGCAACGGUAUUCUUUGUAGAGAAGGACGAUACGAGCUACAUGUUUCUCGGCUGGACAAGGGAUACAGAUGAUUCCGAACGUCCGAAAGUCUACUACCGCUGCUACGGCAAGAAGGACAACUCAACAACAUCCCGUCACUGCUCUUGGGAUGUAGAAAACAAGAAAUUCCUCGAAACUGCAUUCACCCAAGUAGAUGCUUGGGACGAGCAUGUCGAACUCCCGGAAACCCUCAAAUGCUUCCUUGAGAAGAAGUACGCCCGAAGGUUUCCCGACAAUGCGCUCAAGCUCAAGCUCGAACGACCAACAGAGCUGAGCAAGCGCAAGUCCCACACGACUAGGAAUUUGGAAGAUUGCGACGCAGCUGAUGAGGUGGACGCGAAGCGGCAAAGAACCAAGGAACCGAGUUCAGUCUCGCAGACGCCCGACAACAACGAACCUACAAUCGAACGUUCGCCGCCGUCACUGUCGCUGAACGACACUCUCGAGCGUACGACCGAAGCUCGCCGACAGUCAAACGAACAGUGCGGCAAGCGACAGGAUUGCCUCGAUGAACGGAAGGCAGAGGUCGAACAAGAGCUGGCGUGGCUCGAACAAAGUUCGGAGGAGCUCGAUCGAAAGGCGAAGCAGGCCGGACAGAAGGGGGAAGCCGACACUGACUACUGUCCUUGCCGCGUCUCACGUAUGCCAGAAAUACUCCGGCGACUUCGGGAACUGCAGCUUCCUGUGGGAGACGAAGAGCGUAGGGCGGUCGAGCCCCGUGCAAGGAGAUUGAGCGAACUAUCAGAAGCGCAAGCAAGAGAUGUUAGGGCCAUGAGACACUUUAUUGAACGCCAACGACGGCUACUCUGUCCCACCGAUGCUUCAUCAUGA